AUGAUGAUCAGGUGGACACUGGUGGUGGUCAUGGUCCUGAUGUUGGAUAGGAUCCUGUUUGUCUCAGGAACCCCUAUCCCCACCUUCCAGUUUCUCCCUCAGAACUAUCUGGAGACAACUCCCAGCCCUGUGGCAUUGGAGAGCCCCUCAGGUAGCACCACAGGACCCUCAGUUUCCUGGAGCAACUCUAAAGCCAGCACUUACCUGGACACCCGUGUCAUACUCUCCCUGGAUGUCCCCAUUGGCCUCCUGCGGAUCUUACUGGAACAGGCUCGGAACAAGGCUGCCAGAAAUCAGGCUGCCACUAAUGCCCAAAUACUAGCCCGUGUUGGCCGCCGCUGA